CCAGAGGGCUGUGCCUGCCCGGCCAGGUGUGCGAGGGAGGGAGGAAUGAAUGCCACCCCGCGUCACGGGCACCCCCUCCUCCCGCCCAGCCGGGAUAAAACUUCUCCUCACCUGCCAUCCAAUCUCAUUUAUCGCAGCUCCCACCUUUCCUCCCUGCCAGCCCCUCGGGAGGGCGAGGCGGCAGCGCCGGGACAGCGAGAACAAAGUGGAUAUUUGACCGGAGGGUGCAGGAAUCCGCAGGGAGUUAUGCGGGAUCGCGGGCUGGCUGCGCUCCCCGCCGGACCGGGAGUUGACGUUUAACCGGAAAGAGAAAAGGGACACAAAAUAGAGAGGAGGGAGGGGAAAAUUUUAAAAAAAAAAAAAAAAAAAAAAAAAAAAAAAGGAAAUCAAAGCUGGAAAUCAAGUUGCAGCAGCGAAGCAGCACGUUGCCCCUGUGCCUUGGGAAGAAUUUCUUGGCGUGCUGUGUGGGUGCCUGUUAUUCGGGCUGCGGCAGAGGAUUUGGACACUGAGUCAGACCCAGCGCUAAUGAGGAGGAAGAGGAUGGAUGUGCUGCCACGGGCGUGUGCCAGGCUGCUCCUCCUGUCCCUGCUCUGUGCCCCCGGCCUCUGCCAAUGGAGCAAAAGUAACCGCUGUGUUCAGUCCCGGGCAAAGAGCUGCACCGAGUGCAUCCGCGUGGACAAGGACUGUUCCUUCUGCACCGACGAGAGCUUUGAGGAGCCRCGCUGUGACCUGCGGGAGAACCUGCUGCGCUCCGGCUGCGGCGAGGCCAGCAUCGUGUACACCCGUGGAGAGAUGAGGACAGAGAAGAAUUCCAGCAUCAACACGUCCCUGCAGAGGACUCAGGUGUCUCCCCAGGCCAUGUCCAUGUGGCUGCGGGCUGGUGAGGAGAUGAGCUUCAACAUGGACGUCUUCCAGCCCAAGGAGAGCCCCGUGGAUCUCUACAUCCUCAUGGACUUCUCCUACUCCAUGUCUGAUGAUCUGGACAACCUCAAGAGCAUGGGGCAGAACCUGGCUGAGUUCCUGCAAGCCCUGACKUCCAACUACACCAUUGGCUUUGGCAAGUUCGUGGACAAAGUCUCAUCCCCCCAGACAGAUAUGAGACCUGAGAAGCUCCGUGAGCCCUGGCACGAYGCYGACUCACCGUUCUCCUUCAAGAACGUCAUCCGCCUGACCAGCAACAUCAACCACUUCAGCCAGGAGCUGCGCAAGGAGCGCAUCUCCGGCAACCUGGAUGCCCCCGAGGGCGGCUUCGAUGCCAUCCUGCAGACAGCUGUUUGCAAGGAUAAGAUUGGCUGGAGGAAGGACAGCACGCACCUGCUCGUGUUCUCCACCGAGUCUGCCUUUCACUACGAAGCCGACGGCGCCAAYGUCCUGGCGGGGAUCCUGGCGAGGAACGAUGAGCAGUGCCACCUGGACAGCCAYGGCACCUACGUGUACGACACCAGGCAGGACUAUCCCUCAGUGCCCACCCUCGUGCGCCUGCUGGGCCAGCACAACAUCAUCCCCAUCUUCGCUGUCACCAACCACUCCUACAGCUACUAUGAGAAGCUGCACAAGUAUUUCCCCAUCUCUGAGAUCGGGGUGCUCCAGGAGGACUCCUCCAACAUUGUGGAGCUGAUCCGCACUGCCUUCGAGCGCAUCCGCUCCAAGAUGGACAUCAGGACUGACUUCACCCCCAAGGCCCUGAAGACAGAGUUUACCUCCUCCAUGUUCCAAAAGACRGAUUCCGGCUCCUUCGACAUCACCCGCGGGAAAGUGGGCAAGUUCCAAAUGCACGUGAAGGCCCUGGAGUACGUGGGYGGGCAGCAUGUCUGCAGCCUCCCCGAGCGGGAGCGGCGCGGGGUGAUCCACGUCAAACCCACGUCCCUGAGCGACAGCCUCACCGUGUCAGCCGCUGUCGUCUGCGACGUGUGUCCCUGCGAGCAGCAACAAGAGCUGGACUCGCCCAAGUGUAGCUUCCACGGGGAUUUUGUCUGCGGACAGUGCAUCUGCCACCCGGGCUGGCGAGGGGACACGUGUGACUGCUCCCCAGCAUCGUCCCCCAACAACGAAGCGUGUGUGCGGCCAGGGGACACAGAGCCGUGCUCGGGCCGGGGCGAGUGCCUGUGCGGCCGCUGCCAGUGCUACUCCGAGGGACGGAGCCUGCGCUUCGACGGCGCCUUCUGCGAGUUCGAYGUCCUGCAGUGCCCGCGCACCUCCGGCUUUCUCUGCAAUGACCGUGGCCGCUGCUCCAGGGGCGCCUGUGUGUGCGAGAAUGGCUGGGAGGGCCCGGGCUGUGAAUGUCCCACCAGCAACGACACCUGCAUCGACAGCCGAGGGGGCAUCUGCAACAACCACGGGAGGUGUGAAUGUGGCAGAUGCAUCUGUGACAUGGCUUCGCUGUACACCAGCUCCACCUGUGAAAUCAGCUACUCCCUGGGCUUCCAGGCCGUGUGUGAGAGCAUCCGGGACUGCGUCCGCUGCCAGACCUGGGGAUCGGGCAGCCUGAAAGGGAACUGCAGCUCGUGCCAUCUCCAGAUCCAGAUGGUGGAGGAGCUGAAGAAAGAGGAGGCUGGUGAGUACUGCUCCUUCCAGGAUGAGGAUGAUGACUGCACCUACCACUACACCCUGGAGGGAGACCCCAGCGUCCUCCCCAACACCACYGUCCGUGUGCAGAAGAACAAAGGUGAGCAGGGAGCCGGGAGGAGCAGGGGAUGUCCAUCCUGGGGUCUGGAUCAGAGUGACCAGCUCCACAGUGCCUCCAGCCCCUGCUUUGUCCCUUGGCUGUGGACCUGGGCAGGGUCACAGCACCGCCCUGCCCACCAUGCUCCAGGCUCUGACUGCACCCCCGGCCCUGCAGGUCGCACCGUUGGCUUCAAGGAGGAUCACUACAUGCUGCGCCAGAGCCUCAUGUCCUCYGACCACCUGGACACGCCUCUGGUGCGCAGCGGCUCCCUCAAGGGCCGCGACACCGUGCGCUGGAGGAUCCACAACAACGUGCACAAGCAGAGCGUCCCUUCCCCCGCUGCCACCAACCCCAAGGAGCUCGUUCCCUACGGGCUGUCCCUGCGCCUGGCCCGGCUCUUCACGCAGAGCCUGRUGAAACCCGACACCCGCGAGUGCGAGCAGCUGCGCAAAGAAGUGGAGGAGAACCUGAACGAGGUCUUCAAGCACAUUCCUGGCUGCCACAAGGUCCAGCAGACCAAGUUCAGGUUACAGCCCAAUUCUGGGAAAAGGCAGGAUCACACCAUUGUGGACACCGUGCUCACCGCCCCUUACUCAGCCAAGGCAGACAUCAUCAAAGCAGUGGAAAAACACGUUUCCCAUGAGGCUUUCAAUGACCUGAAGGUGGCACCGGGUUAUUACACCGUGACCUCAGACCAAGAUGCUCAGGGAAUGGUGGAGUUCCAGGAGGCCGUGGAGCUGGUGGAUGUUCGUGUCCCGCUCUUCAUCAGGGAGGAGGAUGAUGAUGAGAAGCAGCUGCAGGUGGAGGCCCUCGAGGUCCCCAAUGGCAUUGCCAAGAUUGGGCGCAGGGUUGUCAACAUCACCAUCAUCAAAGAGCAAGCCAGCAGCCUCAUCACCUUCCUGCAGCCAGCCUACUCCCACAGCCGCUUCGACAAGCUGGCCAAGAUCCCUGUCCUCCGCGAGAUCAUCGACAACGGCAAAUCCCAAGUGACCUACAGGACCCGGGACCUCACUGCCAAGAAUGGCAGGGACUACAUCUUCACGGAGGGUGAGCUGGUCUUCCAGCCCGGGGAGACCCGCAAAGAGGUGCAGGUGCCCUUGCUGGAGCUGACAGAGAUCGACACGCUCCUGAACAGCUGCCAGCUCAAGCAGUUCGCCGUGGACCUCCUCCACCCCAAGUAUGGAGCCAAGAUCGGCCGCUACCCCCAGACCACGGUGACCAUCGCCGACCCAGAGCUGGUGGAUGGUGGCCCCUCGAUGGCUGGCCUGGGCCAGGUUCCCCAGAGCCCCAAAGGCCGCCUGAGUGCMCCGCUCAACCCCAAUGCGUGCGCCCUGAGCUCCAGGGAAAUCAACUUCAACUGGAUUCCUCCACCAGGAAAACCCCUGGGGUACAAGGUGAAAUACUGGAUCCAGGGAGACCCUGAGUCAGAAGCCCAUCUCAUGGAUGUCAAAACCCCAUCAGCAGAGCUGAGCAACCUCUACCCCUUCUGCGACUACGAGAUGCAAGUGUGUGCCUACAACGCCAUGGGAGAAGGGGUUUACUCGGACAUCGUCCGCUGCCGCACGCUGGAGGAGGUGCCCAGCGAGCCCGGGCGCUUGGCUUUCAACGUGGUGUCGUCCACCGUGACCCAGCUGAGCUGGGCUGAGCCUGCAGAAACCAACGGGGACAUCACAGCUUAUGAAGUCAGCUAUGGCCCUGUCAACGAGGACAAUGUACCCAUYGGGCCCAUGAAGAAGGUGCAGGUGGAGGACCCCAAGAAGCGCAUGGUGCUGAUCGAGAACCUGCGCGAGUCGCAGCCCUACCGCUACACGGUGAAGGCCAGGAACGGCGCGGGCUGGGGGCCCGAGAGAGAAGCCACCAUCAACCUCGCCACGCAGCCCAAGCGCCCCAUGUCCAUCCCCAUCAUCCCYGAUGUCCCCAUCAUCGAUGCUGAGGGAGGUGAGGACUACGACAGCUACCUGAUGUACAGCACAGACGUGCUCCGCUCUCCCGCCGGCAGCAAGCGGCCCAGUGUCUCUGAUGAUUCAGGCUCCAGGUGGAAAUUUGUGCCGCUGCUGGGAGAGGACCUGGACCUUCGCYGCAUCACCUGGAGGCUCCCACCCGAAACCAUUCCCCGCCUGUCUGGCAGCAGCCGCCUCUCCUCRGACACCGAGGGGCUCCUCCAUGAGGAGGACAGCGCUGUGGCUCCCGGCAGAGCCAGGAGGAGCGGGACACCCCAGCCCCAAGCAGAGCACUUGCUGAACGGCCGGGUGGACUUCUCCUUCCCUGGCAGCGGCAGCGGCACCCUGACCAGGACAGCCAACACCAGCUACCACCAGCUGAGCUCMCACACACACCAGGAGCACAGGGUGAUGGGGAGCUCCUCGCUGACCAGAGACUACUCCACCAUGCUGAUGGGGCACGAUUCCCCGGGGAYGCUCCUCCCUCCCAUCCAUGAAGAUGCUGGGAGGACCCUGCCCCGGCCCCGGGACAUGGGUUUGAGGAGCAGGGCCAAGGUGAAGGGUUACUACCCCAGCAUUGGCUGUCGGGACUCUAUAAUCCUGCCUGCAGGGAUGGGCAAGUUCAUAGACUCCAGGAAACCUCUGGGUAUCCCCGACACCCCCACCCGCCUGGUGUUCUCUGCCCUGGGCCCCACGUCCCUCAAGGUCAGCUGGCAGGAGCCGCGCUGYGAGAAGGACGUGCAGGGCUACAGUGUCCAGUACCAGCUCCUCAACGGAGGAGAGGUGCACAGGAUCACCAUCCCCAACCCCAGCCAGAACUCRGUGGUGGUGGAGGACCUGCUGCCCAACCACUCGUACAUCUUCAAGGUGAAGGCGCAGAGCGAGGAGGGCUGGGGGCCCGAGAGGGAGGGAGUCAUCACCAUCGAGUCCCAGGUGGACCCGCAGAGCCCGCUCAGUCCCGUGCCAGGUACCCCCUUCACUCUGAGCACCCCCUGUGCCCCUGGACCGCUGGUUUUCACUGCCCUCAGCUCGGAUUCUCUGCACCUCAGCUGGGAGAGACCCCGUGAGCCCAAUGGGCCCAUCCUGGGCUACAGGAUCACCUGUGAGAUGCUGCACGGAGGAGGGGAGCCCAGGACCAUCUACGUGGAAGGAGACAACCUGGAGACCACGCUGACCGUGCCCCACCUGAGCGAGAAUGUCCCGUACAAGUUCAAAGUGCAAGCCAACACCACGCAGGGCUUCGGGCCSGAGAGGGAGGGCCUCAUCACCAUUGAAUCUCAGGACAGAGGUGCUUUCUCCCAGUUUGGAGGACAGCAGUACAUGAGAGAAGAAGUUUACAAAUUCCCCACCGAAUACACCACCAAAACCAGCAUCAGCCAYUCCUCUCUGGAUCCCCACUUCACAGACGGGAUGCUGGUGAGCACCCAGCGCCUGGAGAGCUCCAGCAGCACCCUGACCCAGGAGUUCGUGAGCCGCACUGUGAUGGCCAGCGGGACCCUCACCCAGCACCUGGACAGGCAGUUCUACGAGGCCUGAGCCAGGCCAGGCUGAGCUCCAGCGGGACUUUUGGGGUYGGAUGGCAGGAUUUGAUGGAACAACCCAAGAGUGCUUCAUCCAGGCGGUGCCUGGGCAGCUCCUCCUGUGGGCACAGACCCUCCGUGGCACUCCAAGCUCUGCACUUCUCUGGGUGUGUAAGCUCAUCCUUCAGGGCUGAAACUGGGGUGUCUGCAUGGCUCCAGCCUCCCCAGGUAAAUGGAACAGAAUGAUUCAUUCUCAGGUUCUCAGUUUUGAGAGGAUCUCAGAUGUCAAAAUCCUGAUUUAUAGAGGGUCACCRUUCCCAUCUUUGCUCCAGGCUCUCUGGCAGCUUGCCUGUCCUCUGGAGAUGGUUGUUUUGUUCAGUUUGGGUUUUUUUUAUGAGAGCUGCAAGGCAGGGUUUUGGGGUAACCUGUGCUUUCUUGCUGCAUCUAUUUGUGUUUGUCCUUCACUGCUGGCAUUUGGUACCACGAUAGCCAAGAAUAACCUUCUGUUUGUGUUGCGUCACUUGAUGGCCUCUGRUGCUUUUUUAUUUUUGCAUACAACAUUGUACAGUUUUCAUAGUAUAUAUAUAAAUAUAUAUAUAAAUGUAUUUUAUUAUUUUAUAAAAAAAAAUAUCGAGGUGGAUGAGAUCUGUGCUGAAUGUGGAGGCUACACUGGGGUUGUGGCUGCUSAGGAACAUGAACAACUGGAAGAAAUGAGUUAAGGGCUUGAUCCAAAGGCCCCUUGAACCCUGGGGGAUGAUCUGGGGGGCUCUGCCUUGGGCCUUGUGUCCUCCAGCACCAGGGACUCCAGCAGAAAAUUGCAAGGGGCCAGAUCCACUCACUGCAGAGCAUCCCCGUGGACACAGAAGGGCUGGGAGCAAGGGGGGCCAAGGAUGGGGAUGGCCCCAGCAGGYGAGAUGGGAACUGUGCUGGGAUUCCUCACACAGAUGAUUGGAGAGWGGGAGAUGAUGUUGGGUAUCUUUUUAAAGAUUUUUUGCCCAGCAACAACGUCCAUAAAGGGACCUGUGAUCCAUCAGCAAAUGCAAAGGAAGARCAAGCCUGGGACAGCAGGUGCUCCCACCAUCCUGAGCACCCCUGAGACUCCUCCAGCCCCAGCUUCAGCACCCCUCCCAUGGGGCUGACUGAGCUGAGAGCCUGCUGGGCUUCAUUUCCCAGCACUGGGCAGAUCCCUGGCGUGUUCCUGCCCUCUACCAGGGAGAAUAAUCGGGCUCAGUGCUGCCAAGCAGUGCAAGGUUUCCCUGGCAUGUUCCAGCUGCAUGGGAGCAGGCGAGGAGCCUGCCAGGAGCCUGCCUGGARCAGCAGCUGCCCCUGGGUUGGAGCUUCCAACCWAAACAGCAGCUGCCUGGGCCCCCUGGCAGCAUCAGCAGCCUGCUUUGAUCUUACAAUGGACCUUGAUGCUUUUUAUUGGUUUUUUUUUU